AUGAAUCGGACGGCUCCAUCAGAUUCAGCUUUGCGGAGCCUUGGGGAAGAGCACCUUCCCCAGAAAACCCCAAAAGGAGUGUCUCGGGCACCUUCGGCUCACAGACGGCGCCACGACAUUGCCAGUCCCUGCCUCCAUCCUGAAAGGCACGGGGGGAGCCGAGAGCGCCGGUGAGCUAGGCACCAACGCAGCUCCGCAAAAGCAAAGCCUCUGAUCCAGCCACAAGUGGUUACCUUUCCAGCAUAUUGUGCCAAUUGGAAGGUGAGGAGACAAUUAAUUGAAAUUUGGCUAAUCUGGCAAGAGAAAUGGGAGUGAUAAAGGAAGUCUGCUCCCGUUCUUGGUGCUAAAAGCACAAAAUACUUACAAGUGAAGUGUGGAUGAAAUUCACUUUGGGAAAUAAGUUAAUUAAUGAAUAACCAGGAUUAAAAUAUUUCACAUAGCUUUUGUCUAUACCAAUCUCAAGACUUUUUAAAGCAAUGGCCUUGACUCGAACUUAAUUUGAACUUGAACUUACUUUUUGACAAGAUUGAACUUGACCCAAAAUGGAGGAUAAAUCUGAGAAGGAUUACAAUGUUAUUUAAUGGAGGAAUACUAUAAUUUUCUUUUCUGGAAGAAAGACAGGACUGACUCUGGAAAUUACUUUACCUCUGGGAAAGAGCUUCUGUGUUAAUUAAAGUGUCAAAGGUUUAUUACAAGGCACUAGCUGGUUAAAAUCAAGAUUGUAAAAAGAGGACUAGAAUACUCAUUGCUAAUAUUGGACUAAACCAGAUUCAAAAUAAAACUCAAUAAUAUAGAUUUAUUGUACAGGAUAUUAAAAUUAUUUUGAUAUGAAUGGAUGUAAAGAUUUGAAUAUAUAAUUGCUAAAAUUUGUAUUUGUCAGUAAUGGGGGAGAGGGGGUGGGAUUAGGUUGGAAGUACUGGCUUCCUCUACUGAGCCUAGCGAAAUGUUCUUGACAAAGUACUGAUAAAGCUAAAAAUAACAUUCUUUGUGGUGGGAAAGGACUCUUCGUUUUGAAAUCUAAUUCUAUAGAGGAAGCUGGGGAAUGGGGGAACUGACCCCGCCUUACCCUAGAUUAGAAAUGGCAGAAGAAAAAAAUCUCAAUGUUAAAACAAACCAGCCAGGCCGUAGUGCAAGAGAAUACAGUGGUACCUCGGGUUACAGACGCCUCAGGUUACAGAUGCUACAGGUUACAGACUCCGCUAACCCAGAAAUAGUACCUCGGGUUAAGAACUUUGCUUCAGGAUGAGAACAGAAAUCACGCAGCAGCAGUUUAGCGGCAGCGGGAGGCCCCAUUAGCUAAAGUGGUGCUUCAGGUUAAGAACAGUUUCAGGUUAAGAAUGGACCUCCAGAACAAACUAAGUUCUUAGCUCGAGGUACCACUGUAUAAGAUUUGAAUUGUAUGAUUUGCUUUUGAUUUUAAAACAGAACUGUUUUAAAGAAAGGACAUUUUUUUUAAAAAAAAAAAAGGAGUGGAAAGGUUUAAUGCAUAUUUUGUGAGCUUUGUGUAUAGGUUUCUACAUUAGGUGAACUUCAAACUGUCACUUGUAAUAAGAUGAAUAAGGUUGCAAAAUUGGAUGUUAAGAAUAUAAGAGUUUAAGGAUGUGCAUAAAUAAGUAUAAAAUAAUGGAACCAGGAGGGGAGUGGAGGGAAGUCAAUCUAGAUUUAUGGUUUAAAUUUUUGAAUGUGAUGAAUGCUUUUUCUUAUUGUAAAAUUAAUAAAUUGUAUAUAUAUAAAAAAAUUGGGAAGCAAGAGACUCUCCAUCUCUGUUCUAGCCUUUAAAGGUUAUGUCACCAUACAUCUGUUAGAUGUCUGAAGAUGUUUCUGCUGUCUGGUUUUAUAUUGGUUAUUGCUUGUGGGGCACAAAGCAGCUUAGAAAUCUUUCUCAAAAGAUUCCUAUUUUUGGUCUUUUGGAAAGGAAAGUGAAAGCCAGGAAGGCAAAAAGUGGAGGUGGGCAAGGAUUGAAGUUCUGGUAAAUUAUCCUCCCCCUCUUUCUUUGAGCUCCCUGUGUUUUAAAUGCUUUAUCCUCUGGGGAGGGAGAAGUGAUCUGGGAACUGUUUGAGCUCUUGGUCUUCUGGAAUGUAAAGGUAAAGGGACCUCUGACCAUUAGGUCUAGUCAUGACCGACUCUCGGGUUGAGGCGCUCAUCUCGCUUUAUUGGCCGAGGGAGCCGGCGUACAGCUUCCGGGUCAUGUGGCCAGCAUGACUUAGCCGCUUCUGGCAAACCAGAGCAGCGCACGGAAACGCCGUUUACCUUCCCACUGGAGCGGUACCUAUUAAUCUACUUGCACUUUGAUGUGCUUUGGAACUGCUAGGUUGGCAGGAGCAGGGACCGAGCAACGGGAGCGCACCCCAUCGCGGGGUUUCAAACCGCCGACCUUCUGAUCGGCAAGCCCUAGGCUCUGUGGUUUAACCCACAGUGCCACCCGCGUCCCUCUUCUGGAAUAUAGGGAGUGUGAAAUAAAGGGAUUUGGGAAAGUUCACUGCCCACAGUGCUAAAUGUUGGAAGGUGAGCCUUGUUCACUUACUGCAAAUAUUUGCAAAGAACCCCAAGUCUCUCUUUUAUAAAUGUUUUUAUUGUUUUCCUUAUACAUACUUUUACAAUACAUUACAAUAAAUCACUUAAAUACUUUUAGCUCUGCCGAGCUUGUGACUUCCCUCCAUCUCUUCAGUGAGUAUCCCUUAUUUUCUUGUGUCGCGUAUUCUAUUUUUUUUUUAACCCUUAUAUCUGUCAUACAUUGUAAGAGCUAUUCCAGUCCUGCCAGUGUUUUUAAAUUUUUACAAUUAUCGUUUAUAUACACCAUAAAUUUACUCCAACUUUCUUGAAACCUCUGUUCGUCCUGAUCCCGAAUUCUUCCCGUCAGUUUGGCUAACUCCGCGUAGCUCAUCAUUUUCGUCUGCCACUCCGCAAUAGUAGGAAUUUCUUGCAGUUUCCAAUUUUGGGCAAGCCUAUUUCCUGCCGCUGCUGAGUCUUUGGUCCACUUUCUUAAUUUUCUUCCCCAUCAAAACCAACAAGAAGGCUUCUGGUUUUUUGGGAAAGGUGUAUUUAAAUAUUUUCUUAAUUUCAUUAUAAAUUAGUUCCCAAAAGUUCUUAACUUUGUCACAAGUCCACCACAUGUGAUAAAAGUCCCCGUCGGCCUCUUUGCAUUUCCAACAUUUUUUUAUCCUUUAUCCUUUACCGGCGUUAAAUGCCACCUAUAGAUCAUUUUCAUUAGGUUUUCUUUUAAAGCUGUACAAGCCGUGAAUUUCAUAUUUACAUUCCACAACUGAUACCAUGCAUCCAUUUCAAUAUUAUGCCCAAAAUCUAUAGCCCAUUUUAUCAUUGCUUCUUUCACUUCUUCAUCUUUUGUAAACCACUCUAAUAACAAAUCGUACACUUUAAAUAAUAAUUUACAUCUGCCUUCUAUUAAGUCUAUUUGGAAUCUUGAUUUUUAUUUUCAAACCUAACUUUCCUUUUGUCCUCAUUCAAAAUAUCAUUAACCUGAUGAUAUUGCAACCAACCUGUAAGCAUACCUUCUAUUUGAUCAUAUGGCUUAAGUUUUAUCCCUUGUUCCGUUCUUCUAGUGAUUUCCUCAUAGGUGGCCCUCUUUCCGUCAAUAUUCAUUUUCUUGAUGGUCAACACUUCUAUUGGUGAUAUCCACCAUGGGGUUUUCCUUUCCAAUAAAUUUUUAUUUCUUUCCCACACCUCAUAAAUGGACCUUCUUAUCACAUGAUUAAAAAAAAACCUUUAUGGACCUUUACCUUAUCAUACCACAGGUACGAGUGCCACCCAUACCUGUUGUCAUGCCCUUCUAGAUACAAAAGACCUGUGUUUUCCAGUGUUAUCCAUUCUCUUUACCAUACAAGACAGGAUGCUUCAUAAUAGGGAUUCAUGUCUGGCAGAUCAAAUCCGCCUCUUUCUUUUUUAUCUGUCAAAAUUUUCAUUUAAAUCCUCGGCUUCUUUCCCUUCCAGACAAAUCUCAACAAUAUUUUUUGCCGCUCUCUAAAUUGUCCUGUCCCCUUAAUCACUGGAAUUGUUUGAAACAAGAAUAGCAUUCUAGGUAAAAUGUUCAUCUUAAUCGCUUUUAUUUUAAACUCCUUUACUCCCACCUUAAUACCUCUAAUUUCUGACGUUUCUCUCAAAUUCUUAUUUAAAACUUCCAAAACCACAAUAAACAGCAAAGGUGACAGGGGACACCCCUGUCUGGUCCCCUUGGAAAUUUCAAAAGUGUCCGGCAAUUAUUGUUUAUAAUAAGUUGGGCUUUUUGUUCUGAAUAUAUAGCUUCAAUACCUUUCAAAAACCCUUCGCCUUUUCCCAUUAUUUUUAAAUUUUCUUUCAUAAACCUCCAUGAAACAUUAUCGAAUGCUUUCUCGGAGUCGAUGAAUACCAUAGCCGCUUGUUUAUCAUUUUUAAUUUCCAAAUACUCAGUGAUGUCUACUAUAUUCCUAACAUUAUCCUUCAAUUGUCGCCCUGGUAGAAAGCCAGCUUGGUCCUAACUUCCGGGUUAGCGCCUCCGGCAAUGGCGGAUUUCCUCUGAUCGGGAGGAAUCCGCUCCGUGAGAAUUAGGGUCUGGACCGCCGCGGCGAGGCGGAGACCCACUAAAAACCACAGGCAGGAGAAGCCUGUGGACGUGGGAUUCGGCUGGCACCUUUUGCGCCUCCCAUCUUGCGGGGAAACCGGAGCGACGUGAGGUGAAUGGCGCAGUGCUUCGAAUCGACUGCUCUUUUCACGGAGUGAAGCCACAUUGCUGUUGCCGGAGAGCGCUGACUUUUUCCUGUGGACAAUUGGAUUUUAAACAACGAACUGCCCGUGAGUAGAACGGAAAAUUGGACUAUGAAAUUUCUUAAUUUGGCACCGAAGCGGGAAGGUCUAAACAGGAAGUCUGCCUUCUGCUUUUGUAAAUAGAUUGAAGCAAAGACACGGCAAGCUAGAGUCUGGAAAGUCGUUUGUAAAGGAUUAAAUUUUCACCAUUUAAAAUUACUGAACCCCCCUUGGAAGCAGGAGAAGAGGGGGGAACCUUUUUUAGACUGUCUAAACCUGCAGAAGAGAGAGUAAAGAAAGAUAAGUUUCCACCGUCUUGAACCUGGGAGCGGGGUGUCAGGACAGACGUUUUGGGGCAGUUCAUUGACUGUGGACAAACGUUUUUGACAGAUAGUCAAAAGAAGUGAAACAUAUUGAUUCCAUUGUUCCCUUUCGCAUUUAAAAGGAACAAAAUAUCCGAAAAAGGAAAACUUUGUUGCUAGAUCUGCUUUUUUUUUUUUUUAAAAAAAAAAAGAUGGAUACAAAUAGAAAUUGUUUCCCCUAGAGGGAGCUUGUGAAACUGUUAUUAGAGUCAAACUGGGGAGCUUUGCAGCUGUAGAGAUUAAAGAUCGUGGGACCAGACUUCGACCUUGAACAAGAAUGUGCUUAGAGGAGGCUUUGGUGCUUGCUCUUUGCAAGACAAGUGCUUUAUUGGAACAGUUACAUGAGAAGAUGGAUUUGAUGACUGUUGCGGUCGAAAAUUUUGGACAGGCAGUGGGUACCUAUAUAGAACCCACUCAGGAAUUAAUCCAGGAAUGUGCUUUGACAGAUCAGAUAAAGGAGGAGGUUGUUGCUGAACCUCAAGUAGCAGAAAUGGAGAGAGCUGCGGCCCAGCAGGAACAUGAGUUGUUGGAUUUGACGAAUAAACCUGGAAAAAGUCAGAUUUGGAGAGAUGGAGUUCUGUUUGGCUUGGAGAUGGGGGGCUGGAUGGAUCCCCCUAUGCAGGGAUGUUUUGACCUUUCGAGUCUGGCUUUGGGCCGGGGGGAAUUCGGAGUUGUGGGGGCCCUUAACUUUGGAGGGACUUUGAAACAUGCCUUUAAAUAUUACAUGGAUUUCAGUGUUGACUAUGGAAAAUGGGCUGACUUGUCGAGAAGGGACAAAGAUAUUGUCAAGUUGGAGUCUCCCCGAGUGAAAGGAAGGAAAUUAAGAAUAAGAUCAGCAGAAGACAAAGUAAAGUACAGGUAUAAACAUGAAGAAGACCUGCGGAAGGGACAUGGAAAAGACUUAAGAGCCUCGGAUAGAAGGUCACCAGGUUGAUGGACUAGAUGGAUGGGAUAGAAAGGACUGACAAAACCCGAGACCAGGAAGAAGAGACGAUGGAUGAAGAUUGGAAGAAAGUUUUAAAAAUUUAUUUAGAAAAUAAUCGUAAAAUUAAUGAGUAUUAGAAAAAUGUUGGAAUGAAAUUAUUUGGCUUUAGCAGAAAUGUUAAAAAGAAUUAUGUAAGAAUAUGUUAUGGUUAAAAGAAUUUGGUAUAAAUAAGAUUUAAGUUUUAAGCUUUAGGGUUUUUAUGGUAAGAUAAGGUCAAAAUAGAUUAAGGUAAUUUAAUGACAGAAUAUUGUGAAAGAUGGAAAGGAUUUGCUGAGAUAAUUAACAACUAGAAUACAAAAAAGGGAGGUGUGAGGAGGUCGAUGAAAUAAGUUAAUGAAAGUUAAGGAUUUGGGAAUAUUGGAUUUGAUUUUAAUUUUUUUGUUUAUUUUUGCUUUUUGAUUCUGAUGUAUUGUGUGUUUUGUUUUCUCUUUUUGACUUUGGUUUUUAUUGAUUUGUAUUGUUUAAUUGUUAUUUUUAUCUACCCUUUUCUUUCUUUUUCUCUUUCUCUUGUUUUUUCCUUCUUUUUUCUUUGUAACUUUAAAAUUCUCAAUAAAUAUCAUUUAAAAAAGAAAGAAAGCCAGCUUGGUCCUUAUGAAUUUUUUCAUUUAAAAGUCUUUUUAGUUUUUCCGCCAACACAUCCAUAAAUAAUUUAUAGUCAUUAUUCAAUAAGGAAAUAUGCCUGUAAUUUUUAACAUCCAAACCAUCUGUAUCCUUCUUUGGGAUUAAGGUAAUGUAUGCCUCUUUCCAGGUGUUAGGAAUUUUCCCUUCCUUUAAAAUAUUAUUCAUAACCUCACACAGCACCGAUGUUAAUUGACCACUUAAUGUCUUAUAAUAUUUAUUUAUUUUUCCAAUUUUUUUGUAUUGAUUUUCCAGAAUUUUAAACAAACAAACAAACAAACAAAUAUAAAUCUUAGCUGUAGUUACUCCAAUCUUAGUAACAUUGUUAAGUGACUUCCUCGCAUCCCCCUGGCUGAGUUUCAGUGUAUAUCAAUGUAACAGUUUUCCAGAACCAAAUUUCUCAUAAAAGUUAACUUAAUCACUUAACAUCUUUCUUUCUUUUCAUUUUAACUUUAAACAUAUUAUUCUCUAACAUCACAUAUUUAAAUCCUAAGCCUAUCUGGUAUUUGCAAGGUUUUCCAAUUAAGUUAUCUUAACAUAUUUAACUAAAUAGUCUUUAAAUUUCAUCCAUUCCUUUUGGUACUCCUCCUCCUUCUGGUCGCGGACUCUUCCAGUCAGGACGGCUAGCUCCGAAAAGUCCAUCAUCUUCAUCUGCCAUUCCUCUACUGUUGGGACUUCUUGUGUUUUCCAAUUCUUAGCUAACAAAAUUCUGGUUGCAAUUGUGGCAUACAAAAACAAUCUAACAUCUUUCUGGGCAAUUCCAGACCUAUUAUUCCAAGAAGAAAGGCCUCUGGUUUCUUAGUAAAUGUAUAUUUCAACAUUUUUUCAAUUCAUUAUAAAUCUCCCAGAAGUUUUUCACCUUGGGGCAGGUCCACCACAUAUGAUAAAAGGUACCCUCUUUUUCUUUACAUUUCCAACAUAGAUUACACUGGGCAACAAUUUUUCACUUUUUGAAUGUUGUCUAGAUUUCUACAACUGAUUUAGGGUAUUUUUGCACUGCUGAAUCAGGAAAUGGCAUCUGUCUCUCUCCAUCAGGUCAGGUUUACUGUAAACUGAAUGGUGGGCAUUGAUAAAGGUAAGUACACAUAAAUUGCAUGUUGCUUCACCAUUUUUCAAACUUCAGGGCUUGAACUUCCAUUUCUUGGAACUCCUGGAAUGCUCAGUGGCAGGGAGGUCUCUCUUCAGAGUCCAACAGUAGUCAGCCAUCAUGACUGCGUCCCAGCGACCCUGAGACCUGGUCUCCAUCUCUUUCAUGUCCUGAUGGAAUCUCUCCCCCUGCUCGUCACUCAUUGAACCCAGGUUCUCAGGAAACCGGUCCAUAUGUGAAAAUAGGUAGUGCAUCUUGACGCUCAUGUUGCAGCCCAGGUUUCUGAAAGCAGUCAGCAUGUUGUUGACAAGUUCUGCGUAGUUUCUGGCCUUAUUGUUGCCAAGAAAGUUCUUCACUACCAGAACAAAUGCCUUCCACGCUUCCAGUUCCACUUUGUUCAUUGAGUUUCCGAACUCUGGAUCUCUGAUGAGCUGACGGAUCUGAGGACCGUCAAAGAUGCCAGCUUUCAACUUCUCCAUGGUCAAUCCUGGAAAAGUCUGGCACAAGUAAGUGAAGCAGUCACCAUCCUUGUCCAGAGCCUUGGUGAACUGCUUGAUUAAGCCGAGCUUGAUGUGCAGCGGUGGGAAGAGUAUUCUGUCUCUGUCCACCAGAGGGUCGUUGAUGACGUUCCUUUUUCUGCAAGGCACCAAUUCCUCCCGCACAGGCCAGUCCUUCUUCGUGUAAUGCUGAGCACGGUCCCUACUAUCCCACAUGCACAGAAAACAUGGGUACUUGGUGAAGCCAGACUGUUGUCCCAACAAAAAGUUCACCAUCUUCAGGUCAACACAAAUAAACCACUUAUGCUGAUCAUAACCAAUUUUCUCCAGCACAUACUUCACCGCUUCAUAGGUCUCCUUCAGUGUACUCGAGUGAGCCAGGGGUAUAAAGGCAAACUGGUUGCCGCUGUGUAGCAGAACACAUUUCAGUGAUCGCUUGCUGCUGUCAAUGAACAGUCUCCAAUCUUUGGGUUCGUACUGUGGCACUCCAAGCUUGAGCAGAAGCUGCGCAAUAUCUGCACAGUACACCAAGUCCUUCUCUUCCGAGAAAAACGGAGGUACUCUUGAUGCCUGUUGCGGAAGAAGCUGAUGUGAGCACUGUCAGAGAGGAGGUUUUUCCUUCAAUCUGGAUGUCAACAGUUCGGCAGAGUCCUUUGACAAGCUGAGGUCGCGAACUAGAUCAUUCAACUCCUUUUGGGAAAAUGGAUGUGGAGCAUCAUCUUCAAGAACCACUUCUUCUUCUUCAUGUCCUUCAACACUGGAGGCAUCUUCGUCACUAAUGUCAGGAAGUUCUCCAAAGAUAGGCACUGGAAUUUCAUCACAAUGAGCUACAAGACGACGUGCUGAUUGAAGAUCAGGAUACUUUAGGCUGCUCCGGUUCUUUCUGUUGAUCCCAGUCACAUCAACAGCACAGAAGUAGCAGUCAGUGACAUGGUUUGUCGGCUCCCUCCAAACCAUGGGAAUUCCAAAGUUCAGACUCCUCUUGCCAUUGGUCCACCCACCUAGAGUCUCGGUGCACGCCUUGCACACCAUGUGUGGCACCCAAGCUUUAUCCUGGUCACCAAGUUUAAUACCAAAAUAACUUUAUGCUUUGCCGCACCAAUUUAUGGAAGAUUUCGAGGUUUUAUGACUUCAAACUGAUCCCUUUUCGUCCACCACAAAGUCCAGUGAAACCGUGUGCCAAGGACGUGGUGGGACUGGCAGUGGCUGAAGUAGGCCGGGGGGUCGCCCGUUAGGGCCCUUGGCCCGCCGGCAGAUGUCGCAACCAGCGACGUAGCGAGCCACGUCAGCCUUCAGGCGGGGUCACCAAAACUCGCGGCUUACCAAAUGGGUGGUCCGAUACCGCCCAAAGUGUCCCGCUGCUGGGGCAUCAUGGGUCAUCCGGAGUAUCUCAGCCCGCAGUGGCCCUGGCGGGAUGUACAGGUCACCGUGGUGCAGCAGAAGGCCCUGGUGCAAGACCAGCCCCGGAUACUGAGGGCAUGACCCUUUGGCCAGUUCCCAGAGUCGUUCCUGGGCCCAGGCGUCGACCCGCUGCUGUUCCCACACCCGAGCCUGCAGUGGCUCAGCCUCCUGAGUGGCCAAGAACGCAGCCGGUGGUAGGAUCGUGGUUGGUACUGCUUGCUGUACCGUGUCUGCGAUGUCUUCAGGUUUCCAGGACAGGGCAUCCGCCUUCUGGUUUUGGGAGCUAGGGAUAUAGCGGAUCCGGAACUGGAACCGGGAAAAGAACAACGCCCACCGGAUCUGCAUUUGGUUCAGCUUGCGGGUGGUCUGGAGGUACUCCAGGUUCCGAUGGUCGGUUCUCACCUCCACCGGGUGUCGUGCCCCCUCAAGUUGGUGGGGCCAGACUUCAAAGGCCUUCUUGAUGGCCAGUAGUUCCCGCUCCCACACGGUAUAGUUACGCUCCGCCGGAAGGAGCUGGCGGGAAUAGAAGGCGCAGGGUAAGAGUGGCGCCUCAGGUCUGUGCUGCUGGGACAAGAUGGCACCAAGGGCCGUGCUGGAGGCGUCAGUCUCUACCACAAAGGUCGAGAGGGAUCAGGAUGAUGCAAGAUCGGCGCUCUCUGGAAACAGGCUUUCCAACCCCUGAAACGCCUCCUCUGCCUCCUUGUCCCAGGAAAAUGGCGUCUUGGGGCGCAGUAGCCGGGUCAACGGGGUGGUGCGAUGAGCAUAAUCCGCAAUGAAGGUCCGGUAAUAGUUGGCGAACCCCAGGAAUCGCUGUAGGUCCUUGCGGUUCCGAGGUGCCGCCCAUUCCCGAACCGCUGCCACCUUCCCAGGAUCCAUUUGCACCCCAUCUGGAGAGAGUCGGUGACCAAGGAAGUCCACUGACCGCUGAUGGAACUCGCACUUGCUGAGCUUUGCAUACGGGCGGUGCUCCCGCAAACGCUGCAGCACGGUCCGGACAUGACCCUCGUGGUGAGCCGGGUCACGGGAGAAAACCAGAAUGUCAUCCAAGUACACCAUCACGUACUUGUCUAGCAAGUCCUGGAACACGUGGUUGAUAUACCGUUGGAACACAGCGGGCGUGUUGCACAAUCCGAAGGGCAUAACCAGGUAUUCGAACUGCCCAUACUGGGUCCCGAAUGCUGUCUUCCACUCAUCCCCGGCUCGGAUCCGAAUUAAAUUGUAGGCCCCCCUGGAGAUCUAACUUGGUGAACACCUGCGCCCCUUGCACCCGCUCCAGCAACUCCGAAAUAAGGGGCAAGGGGUACUGGUCUGGUAUGGUAAUUUUGUUCAGGGCCCGGUAAUCAUGGCAAGGGCGAAGCUCCCCACACUUCUUCUUAACAAAGAGCACUGGCACAGCGGUGGGCGAGGUAGAAGGCCGAAUGAAACCACGCUCCAGGUUCUUGCGCAGGAAGUCCUGCAAAGUUUCACGCUCUGGCUCUGUAAUAAAGUAUAAGUGACUCACCGGCAGGGGCGCUCCGGGCUGGAGGUCUAUGCCGCAGUCCAAAGACCGAUGCGGCGGCAGCUGGUCUGCCCCCCGUUCCUCGAACACGUCUUGGUAGUCCCGGUACUCGGCGGGGAGCGUUGAUGCAGCCUCCUCAGUGGGCGCGGCUGCUAGCAUCUCGGACUGAGCAUGGGAACAUGGGUCUGGGAAGUGCACAGUCCGUUUGACCCAGUCAAUCUGAACAUUGUGAGCCUCCAGACAGUCCAUCCCGAGCACCAGGGGGAACCGGGGCAUGGAGGCAACGUCCAAAGUUCGCAUCUCCCGGUGCUGCUGGAGACACAGGACCAAGGGCUGGGUCUCCUGAGUAACGGCACCUGAACGCAGGAGCCGUCCGUCAAUUGCCUCCACCUGUACCUGUUCUGGCCUGUUCUGAAGUGGCACCUGAUGAUGGGCAGCAAAAGCAGCGUCCAUAUAGGAGCGGGUUGCCCCCGAAUCUACCAGAGCAUGGGUAAGAAUCCAGGGCCCACCUGGAGGGUAUAGACGCACCGGGACCAUCAGGUGUUGCAAUUCCAUUGGUGCAGGCCCAUUCUGCGCUGUUUGGGACCCCAGGUAGCCAGGGCCAUCAGCUACUGGGGUUGGCGGUUUCCCUGUGGCUGGCGUUUCUCAGGACAGAACCGGGCAUAGUGUUCGCUUCCGCCACAGUAGAGACAUAGGUUCCCCUCCCAACGCUGCAUCUUCUCCGCGGAGGAAAGGCAUGGCCGCACUGCCCCGAGCUGCAUAGGCUCCUCCGAUGACUCGGCUGUGGCCGUGGAGCUGCUGGUAGAAACUGGCGCUGAGAACUGGAAGUGCCGGCGGCCCCGGGCCUGACGACGGUCCUCCAGCCGAUCGUCUAUCUGUAGUUGAAUGAGGGCGUCUAGCGUGCUGGGGCAUUCCAUCGUGGCCAGCUGGUCCAGUAUCUCAUCCGAAAGCCCCUCGAGAUACUGGUCCCGAAGAGCAGAGUCAUUCCAGGUCAAGUCCUGUGCCAGCAGCCAAAAUUCCGUGGUGUAUGCGGCCACAGUGGACUUGCCCUGUUUCAACCGCCUAAUUGCCCAGUUGGCUUGACUCCCCUUCUGGGGGUUACCGAACGCGGCCUCCAAAUGAUUGCAAAACCCCAUAUAGUCUGUCAGCAAGGGGGAGUCUUGCCUGAGCACACUUGGCCGCCUGGUCCUUUAACAAACUAAUCAAAAAGUGCACCUUGGUGCGGUCGUCAGGGAAGUUCCGGGCUCGCCCCUGAAUAUACAACUUGGCCUGGGUGAGGAACAUGGGAAAGCUGGCCGGGGCCCCAUCAAAUUUCUCUGGCAAAGCCACUGGGUACUUGCCAGGAGCCGGGGCGUCGGCCCCAGGAGCCGGUAGGGCGUCCAACCGCUGCUGAAGUGCCGUAACCGCAUUGCUGAGCUGCUGCACGGUGUGAGUCAAGGCCUGGUUCUCCUGGGCCAAUGCCACCAGCGCAGCUGCUUGGUCGGCCAUGGCUUCUGGCUCUUCCCGAACACACCCCAACGAAGGGGAGUGCAGGUGAGGUGGGAGCAAACUGUGCUGGUCCCGGGGGGAAGGUUACCGUUGGCGUAGUCAAAGUCUGGUCCUGGGUCACCGGUCUGGAAACAGUUCACAAGGAGCGAGACGAGGUCCGAAGCAGGAAGCCAGGCGGGGACAGGAACACUGGAAGGUCAGGUCUGGGUCCAGGCAAGAGCAGGUACUCAACAACAUUGCUCCCACAACCUGGGACCGGGCUGACUGGCCUUUAUCUUCUCUGAGGCCAGGGGCGGUCCCGGCCCCCAGGAGACCCGCCUCUCCUGGCCUUAAGGCGAGCACUCCUCCUGGGAGAAACCAGUUCCCUCUGCCUCUCUGCCCUAAGCCUUUGCAGUUCAGGAGAGGCUGGGGAGUUACUGGACCCAGGGGGAGACUCACCUUCCUCUGGCAGGGCCGGGAGAGGCGCACCUGUAGGCACUGUGUCCUUAAUCACCUCCGGAGCUAGAGUGGAAUCACCUGGUGCCUGCUCCUGAGGAUCAGGUGCAGGCGCUUCAGAUCCAAGGCCCCGCUCAGCCGGCCCUGGAGGCGGGGACUCUUGUGCAGGCUGGGGUUCCUCCGGUUCAGCCUCUGAAUCGGAUUCCUAGGCCAUCACACUCCCCCUGGCUAAUCGCCAAUCCAUUUCAUUAAGCAAAAUACCUUCCACAUGAUCAAUGGUCAGUUGUGUUGCCAGGAGGACAGAAAGCUGGGCAGCAAUUGAAUCAAAGCUCGCUUCCAAACUAUUGAUAAUCAUGAAACAGAAAAUAUCUUAAGAGUUUCACUCCACUUUUAUUAAGUUCCUCCUGGAGAAAUUUAAGCUGCAUCACAUGGCCUCUAUAUCACCACCUGGCUGAAGCUGCAUCCAGCAAAGCUUCUUAAAAUACACUACAGAGGACCCGGCAACAAUUCUCAAAUGAAUGUCUCUGAGAGCAUCCCACAUCUGUCUUGCACUCUGCUUACCUUGCAGAUUAAUUAAUUGAGCAUCAGAAACCGCCAGUGCGAUCGUGCCUCUGUCCUUUUGGUCUGCUUCACGGCAAGCAUCUGUGACGGGCUGUGGUGUGUCCUCCAUAAUGACAUGCCAAAUUUUCUCAUGCAUUAGUAAACUUUCCAUACGAAAGCUCCACAUUGCAUAAUUUGUGGAAUCCAGGCGAGGGAAUGUAAAGCGUUGUUUCCGCUCUGCACUCCAGCCAUUUCUAGCUCUCACUUUUAGCUAGCAAAUGUAGCACAUGGCAGCAGAGACUGAUGACCUGCAAUUCACCCCUCUUCGCGUAAUCAGCGAACCACCCGAGAGAGCUUAGCAGCCAAACAGACAGAUGCCUCAUUAGCAGCUGGACUUGAGCCACAUUCCUUUCUUCUCGCCAUAAAUCUCAAUUCUGGGCCCAUAACCGAUGAUGGGAGGUGCCUCUUGCCAGAGUCUCGUAGAAAGCAUCAGCACACAUCCAAGAGACAUGUGCAUGAUAUGAAGCAUAUUAGCAGAGUCAUCAAAAGCAAAAUUAUGUAGGAAUUGUGGCAUCAAGUAUUUUAUUAUUUGCAGCAAAAGAAACAUGGCAUUUUGUGUGAGCUCCUUCUCACACAUCCUCUCUAGCUUUCUAGCUGAACAGAGAGCAAAGAGUGGAAGUUUGUCGGCUUGACUUCCACUCACACACACAGUGAUAAGAAAUGAAAUCAUCCGAUCACGUGACCCUCUGCAAUAGUGGCAGUGGAAAAUAUUGACACUGUUUGCAAGGUAACAAAAUCAACUGGCUAUGAAAAUGGAUUAAAACUAGUAGAAGGUUGAGAAGGGGAUCAAAGAAGAAGAAUGAAGCGUUAACAUCAGGAAUUCAAUGGACAUAUUGUUUGCAACAGGAGUGGGAAACCUAAUUAUUUUAGAAAAAAUGUAUUAACUUUAAAUAAUUUAGAUCAAUUUGUUAAAAUUUGAAAAUUAAUAAAAUUUAAUAUUAAAAAGAAAGGAGUGGCAGGAGGUGGAUUGAACACAGACGAAAGGCAUAAUCGUAACCCAGCGACAAGAAGCCUCAAUCUCUACACAUCAAGCGGUAAAACUUUCCAAAUUGUUAUAGCAAAAUUUAAAUAGCCGAUCAGCAUAAACUUAUGGAUUAAAAUUGGCAAUACAACGGGGUGAAAAAAGGAGAUCCACCUUGACGUGGUUUGAUUGACUGCAUGGGAAUAUUCUGCAAGAGUAAAAAUUAAGAAAAAAAGAUUUGAAUUUUUACAUGCUAAAGAAAUCGUGUGGGAGAAGGAUUGUGUGAGAGGUGAGUGCUGCCAAAGCCAGCAUAGAUAAAACUCCAGGCUUGCUGCCAGUUUCUGUCUUUUAGAUUUAUUUACAAAGUUCAAAAAGGUUUCCAGAGCUUCAAAGCAUGUCCGUCUCUGUCUGAUUAGAUGCCUCGAAUGGCUUUUUCUUACUCCUCCUUCCCCAGCAGGCUAAUCAGCGGAAACCCCGCCUCUUAUUUCCUCUGUUCAAAGGAUAGCUAGUUCCGGACUGAGCAUCCCCCCUCCCUGCCUCUUCUUCGCUGUCAGAUGAGAGGCCGCUAAUUAGCUCUUUUGGCUCUCUAUAAGUGCUGGUCUCCCCCCCUCCCCCCUUGGCUCUUUUGCCGUUUGCACUUCCCUGACAGAUUGCAUUUUGGAUUUGACUUAGUAAUCAAGAGGACUUUAAAUACAGUGGUUUUAUGAGCCCCCUCCCCCUCACUUUGAGUUGGGGACUGAGAUCUUCCUGAUACUGACUUCGAGUGGAAUGUCUCUUUUUAAUUCAUUUCUUAUAUGCUGUGGUCAGCUAGCUAGUUACAGACUCUGCUGACUUUUAUUCAUUUUUGCACUCUGAAAAGAGGACACUAAAAAACGAAUUUAACCUAUUCAAAAAACAAAACAAAAACAAUUUUAAGAGCAAGAUGAAACCUGCGUGCUUGGACUUGACAUUUUAUUUUUGGUGAGUGUGCUAUAUCCUCUGUCAUGAACGCAUCUGCCCCAAGUAGAGAAACACAGUAUGAGUUAGGAAGCAGUCAGACAGCUAGGAGCAGUCUCCCUUCCCCUCAUCUGCACCAGAACAGAAUCUAGAUAAGGAGUUAGCAGGGAGUGGGAGGGAGAGAAGUCAGGUAUCAUUCAUCACGAAACAGGAAAAAGGUGAAGAUAAGGAUGUUUUCUGUGAGUUCUGGGUGUGGUUUUCCAGGCUAAUUAGGCACAGCUAGUGAUGUGUCUCAUGAGAGAAGUUGGAUAUUCUGCAGAACCAGGAAGCACUCAUCAGAAGGGUCAACUGACUCCUAAGGCAUGGACGCUUCGUUAGAUGUCGGAGGCUAAUUGUAUUGCAAUAAAUCUUCAAGCUAAUUACGACUUGCGUGCUGUGUUAUCAAGACUGCAGCCUGGGCUCCUGUUAUCCUCCAUCUCGUCUGAUUUUUUGUUUAUUGUAUUGGGAACUGAUUAAGGGGGGGGGGAGAUCAAUCUUGGAAAGUGAAGGGAGCUGCUUGGAAAGAUUCUAGGAUUAGACUUUGGAAGCAGUCGAAGAGGAUAAUCUUUCUUUUGUUUCUGGUACUUUUCUUAUUCCAAUUUGCGCUCCUCCAUUCUCUCCCCCCCCCCCCCGCCUUCAUGAAACUUCAUAAGGAAGCCAAAAGUUACAGGAUUUAUUUCGUAUUUUUAUUUCAUUUUUUUACUAUAUUUUAUUAUAUUGAAGGAAAUACUGACGUGACUACUUAAAGAAGUAUCUAAGUUCUUGGUCCAUAUACAGUGGUACCUCGGGUUAAGAACUUAAUUCGUUCUGGAGGUCCAUUCUUAACCUGAAACUGUUCUUAACCUGAGGUACCACUUUAGCUAAUGGGGCCUCCCACUGCCGCCGUGCCACCACCACACAAUUUCUGUUCUCAUCCUGAAGCAAAGUUCUUAACCCGAUGUACUAUUUCUGGGUUAGCGGAGUCUGUAACCGGAAGCAUCUGUAACCCGAGGUACCACUAUAUAUGGGAAUUUCUGGAAGGUAUUUCUUUCACAAACAAAGGGAAGAAGCACAGAUGUAGAGAUAUAGGCGAGGCAGAAAAAUUCUGGAGAAAGUACAAAAAGCAACUAGGAGGGAAAAUGCCUAUGAUAGCAGGAGAAGAGAGCGAGGUGGUGGUAGAGAAUAAAGAAGAAAAGCAAGAAAAGGUAAAAGAACAAGACUCGUAAAUAGACUUAGCAGAAUAUUAAUGACAUUUGAAAAGAAUUUCAGGAUAGAUUUGAAAAUUAGAGCAUGGAAUGUAAAUGGACUAAACAACAAAGUAAAAAGAAAGGAGAUAGAACAUGUUUUAACAUAGAAAAGUCUUGAUAAACAAAAGAUUGGGAAUGGACUUUAUUGCAUCAUAUAAAACAAAAAAGCGUAGUAAUUUAUGCAAAAGCCAAGUAUGAUCUGAAAUUAUUAUUCCACAAUGAGAAUGAUAGCAAUCCAGAUAAUGUCACAAGGUGAGAAAUUAGUAGUAGUUGGAAUUUAUGUACCAAAUGAGAGAAAGUUGGAAUUUUAUAAAACAUUAGAAGCAAAAAUGUUUGGGGGGGCCACUAGGGGGCGCAUUGGAAGAUGGCCAACAAUACCAUCUCUCCGACCCACACGGGGUAAUUAAGAGGCUGUUAUGGGAGUAGGCAGCCUCCCUUGUUGCCCCAAGGAAAUGGGGAACACUGCCCUUGCCUGCUGUGCCCAUAAAUCACCCCCUAAUUCGAAAGAAGGGGGUGAGGGCCCUAGGCAGAAUGCCCCCAUGUGGACAUCGGUUCUCCUGGACGCUGUCUCUGAUCGCACACUAGUUGCAACAAUUUGGAAUAAUUAAUUAUAAAAGAAGCAAAUGCACAUAUUUCAAGUGAAGAAGCGGAGUGAAGUCUGCUAAUUUAAGUGACCUCUGCAAAAGAAGACGACGGGCUGGAGAAACAGGAAUAUUUUACGAGGAAGAUACACCAAAGGCGGGGUAUGUUGACAACGGGGCUGAAUGGGGGGGGGACCUUUUUUACUUUCCUUCUAUGUGAUUUACAAGAACCCCUCCUCAUUAGAACUGUCGGUUGAACUGACCCAAGCAGGAUGAUUAAGGUCUGUGUGGAGAUAAACUUUAACCAAAAGUAUGCUUUAUGGAGACCGAGAAGCAAUAAGAGCUUUUGGGAAUGGCGCAGCAAUUAAUUCGGAGUUGCCAUCUUGCCAAAGGAUUUAUAGCCGGGAGGAAGAACGGACUUGGUUUCAGACUGCAUUCCUAGUGAAUCUCCUCAGAGGUUUUGAGAAAGGAGGCAGAUUGGUGAAGAUUAAUGACGCUAAGACUGUUUUGAUGUAUGGAAGUGAUGUUAUAUGGAAAACGUCUGGCUAUGGCUACUGGAUAAAAAAAUAUCCACGCAGGAUUACAAACUGUUCUAACCAGCUUGCGGAGACUAUCAGAGGUCACAAAGAGAAAGGAAAAAUAUAUGAAAAUAACAACAAGAGAUGUGGAAAAAUAAUAAGAAAGGACUGGAUAGUACUGUGAACAUCAUACGGUUAGAUUUGUGGACAUUAAAACAGCAGUAAGAAGCAAGAAGUUGAUUGGAUCCCUUUGGAACUUGAAAUAUGGGUACCCCCAACAAAAAUUUAAAAUUCGGCUGUGUAAUUUGGAAUUUAUGUAAUUUGGUUUGAUUUGAUGUGAUUGGUCGGUUAAUAAAAUUAUUCUUAAAAAAGAAGCAAAAAUGUUUGAAUUCAUGGACAAGAAGAUAAUAUUACUUGGAGAUAUUAAUGGGAUAGUCUCCCUAGAAAUGGACAGGACAAUAAGGAAAACUGAAACUAAGUAAGGGAGACUACCUGUAACUUUUUUAAAUGGUGGAAAUCUUUAACUUGAUUGACAUUUGGAGAUUUAAACACCCACUGGACAAAGAAUUCACUUUUUUUCUCAGAACCAAAUCAGUCUGCUGGAUGAAUUGACUCGACAUGGAUAUCCAGUUAUUUGUCAUUGAGGACGAAGAAAGCAGACAUACAGCUUAGGACACUUUCGGACCACAAUCCAGUCUUUCUGGAAUUGAGGGGAAAAGGGAAGACUCCACAAAGGUGGAAGUUAAAUGAAGGAAUUUGGGAUAAUACAAGCACCUCGCAGAAAGCUCAAAAAACUUUAAGCGAUUUCUCUGAAUUAAAUCUAAAUCAGCGAACGGAUUUGAAUGUGGUAUGAGAUACAAGUAAGGCAGUAAUGUGAGGGGUUUUUUUUAUAUACAACAGAAUGCCCUUCAGAAAAAGAUUAGAGAAGGGGGGGCAGGAGCUGCUGGAUGAAUUGAUUAAAAAUGAAAAAGUACUGUUUAAAAAACCCAGAAUCCAUAAAAACAAAAUAUUAAAAUGUUACAAACACCAUUCUCAAUGUUGGUGAAUCAAGAAAUUGAAUGGGAAAUAAAGUUGUUAAGAUAGAAAAUUUUUGAAUUUGCUAAUAUGCUGGGGAAAUUUUUGGCAUGGCAGCUAAAGAAAACAGAGCACAAAUUUAAUAAAUAAACUGAAAGUAGAAGGAAAAGUAGUAGACAAUCCAAACGACAUAAUACUUGUUGGAAAUGUAAAGAAAAGGAAGGCACCUUUUACCAUAUGUGGUGGAAUUGUAAAGUAAUAAAGGAAUUCUGGGAAAUAAUAUACAAUGAACUGAAACAAGCUUUAAAAUAAUGCACACCUUUUUUGGCCAAUUUACGUUGCAAAAAUUAGGGUGCACAGUAGAUUUGAUGACUCAUUUAUAUUUGCCAGCAAAUACUUUUUUGGUUUCAAGGUUCUGAAAACUGAGGUGUGCAUUAGAUUCAAAGGUGCAAUAGAAUCACGUAAAUACAGUAUAUUAAAUAUAUUAAUGUUGAAAAUAUACAAAAUCAUAGAAUCAUAGAAUCAUAGAGUUGGAAGAGACCACAAGGGCCAUCGAGUCCAACCCCCUGCCAAGGAGGAAACACCAUCAGAGCACUCCUGACAUAUGGUUGUCAAGCCUCUGCUUAAAGACCUCCAAAGAAGGAGACUCCACCACACUCCUUGGCAGCAAAUUCCACUGUCGAACAGCUCUUACUGUCAGGAAGUUCUUCCUAAUGUUUAGGUGGAAUCUUCUUUCUUGUAGUUUGGAUCCAUUGCUCCGUGUCCGCUUCUCUGGAGCAGCAGAAAACAACCUUUCUCCCUCCUCUAUGUGACAUCCUUUUAUAUAUUUGAACAUGGCUAUCAUAUCACCCCUUAACCUCCUCUUCUCCAGGCUAAACAUGCCCAGCUCCCUUAGCCGUUCCUCAUAAGGCAUCGUUUCCAGGCCUUUGACCAUUUUGGUUGCCCUCCUCUGGACACGUUCCAGUUUGUCAGUGUCCUUCUUGAACUGUGGUGCCCAGAACUGGAAACAGUACUCCAGGUGAGGUCUGACCAGAGCAGAAUACAGUGGCACUAUUACUUCCCUUGAUCUAGAUGCUAUACUCCUAUUGAUGCGGCCCAGAAUUGCAUUGGCUUUUUAGCUGCCGCGUCACACUGUUGGCUCAUGUCAAGUUUGUGGUCAACCAAGACUCCUAGAUCCUUUUCACAUGUACUGCUCUCAAGCCAGGUGUCCCCCAUCUUGUAUUUGUGCCUCUCAUUUUUUUGCCCAAGUGCAAUACUUUACAUUUCUCCCUGUUAAAAUUCAUCUUGUUUGUUUUGGCCCAGUUCUCUAAUCUGUCAAGGUCGUUUUGAAGUGUGAUCCUGUCCUCUGGGGUGUUAGCCACCCCUCCCAAUUUGGUGUCAUCUGCAAAUUUGAUCAGGAUGCCCUUGAGUCCAUCAUCCAAGUCGUUGAUAAAGAUGUUGAAUAAGACCGGGCCCAAGACAGAACCCUGUGGCACCCCACUAGUCACUCUUCUCCAGGAUGAAGAGGAACCAUUGAUGAGCACCCUUUGGGUUCGGUCAGUCAGCCAGUUACAAAUCCACUGAGUGGUAGCAUAGUCAAGACCGCAUUUUACCAGCUUCUUUACAAGAAUAUCAUGAGGCACCUUGUCAAAUGCCUUGCUGAAAUCAAGGUAGGCUACAUCCACUGCGUUCCCUUCAUCUACCAGGCUUGUAAUUCUGUCAAAAAACGAGAUCAGGUUAGUCUGACAUGACUUAUUUUUCAGAAAUCCAUGCUGACUAUUGGUGAUCACAGCAUUCCUUUCUAGGUGCUCACAGACUGUUUGCUUAAUGAUCUGCUCCAGAAUCUUCCCUGGUAUUGAUGUCAGACUGACUGGGCAGUAAUUAUUUGGGUCCUCUCUUUUCCCCUUUUUGAAAAUAGGGACAACAUUUGCCCUCCUCCAGUCUGCCGGGACUUCGCAUGUUCUCCAGGAAUUCUCAAAGAUGACUGCCAGUGGUUCUGAGAUCACAUCUGCCAGUUCUUUUAAUACUCUUGGAUGCAGUUCAUCUGGCCCUGGAGACUUGAAUACAUCUAAACUAGCCAAGUAUUCUUGUACUAUCUCCUUAGUUAUUCUGGGCUGUGUUUCCUUUGCUGAAUCAUUUGCUCCAAAUUCUUCAGGUCGGGCAUUGUUUCUUUAUCGGAGAAGACUGAGGCAAAGAAGGCAUUGAGGAGUUCAGCCCUUUCUGUAUCCCCUGCUUGCAUUUCACCAUCUUCUCCUCUGAGUGACCCCACUGUUUCUUUGUUCUUCCUUUUGCUACGAACAUACCCAUAAAAACCAUUUUUGUUGCUUUUAACCUCUCUAGCAAGCCUGGGUUCAUUCUGUGCUUUAGCUUUUCUGACUUUGUGUCUACACGUGUUGGCUAUUUGUUUGAAUUCCUCUUUGGUGGUUUCCCCCCUUUUCCAUUUUUUGUACACAUCCUUUUUUAAUCUUAAGUCAGUUAAAAGUUCUUUAGAUAGCCACCCUGGCUUCUUUAGGCACCUUCCAUGUUUCCGUCUCAUUGGUAUUGCCUGACGUUGUGCUUUUACUAUCUCCCUCUUAACAAACUCCCAGCCAUCAUGAACUCCCUUUCCUUUUAGUAUUACUGUCCAUGGGAUCUCACCCAGCACUUCCCUAAGUUUUAUGAAGUCGGCUUUCUUAAAGUCAAGAAAUUGAGUCCUAGUAUGCUUGGCUGCUCCUUUCUGCUGUAUAGUAAACUUCAGAAGAACAUGAUCACUCGCGCCUAAUGAUCUGUCAGGGAACUGACAUCGGAGCUAGAGGUGGAGGGAAGGCUCUCUAAUGAUGCUGGAGAAGGGCCCAGCAGGGAGAGAGGCAGCUCAGCAGAUGGGGAAGCAAUUCAGCGCAACACCAGGAAUAAGGAGGGGCAGAUGGGGGAAUCGGCGAGAGGGCUCCCAGACUCUUCACCGGACACCAGUGGCGAGAGCACUGGUCCUCCGCUACCCACGCCCUCCCUGCGCAGAAGACUUCCGCGCAGAGAAAGUAGGAGGAGACUGGGUGUCAAACAACUUUUAUGUUGGAAAAGGUUUAAGAAACGCCCACUGACGGAUUCUGCUAGCGACUGAGGCAGCCACGAAUUGAAGGGCUGUCCAGACAGAAAGGUUUAACAAGGCAACAUAGCCAGGAGAGGCGGCAACUUACGCACGAGCAACCCCAUACCAUUAUAGCAAUCCGUCAGUCCCUGACGUUGCUUGUGCACAGCGGCAGGCAGCAUCAUGAGCAAAACCGGAGAAGCUGGCGUCAUGGAGGGAGCAGCAGGAGUGCAAAAUCUGGUGGAGAGGAACCGAGAUUUGGAGCAGCAUGUGGCUCUUCUAACGGCGCUGCUAGACGAAAGGCGGGCUCAAGAUGCACAGGUCAGACCCACCCCCGUAGCAAGGAAGGUACCGGGACUGGUACACAAAUUUGGAGGGAAGCCUCAGGACUAUAGUGCGUUCCGGACGGAAAUAGAGUACGCUUUGGAACUGCAGCAGAAUGAUUUUGCAGACGACGGGGAGCGGGUGGCUUAUAUUGUUGGGCAUCUGCAGGAUGGGGCCAGGGAAUGGAUCAGGCCCCUAAUGGCAACGCAGAAUGCCGCCUUGAAGGACCUGAGGAAAUUUUUUCAGGCGAUGGACGCAAGGUACUCCAGUGAUGUGCAGCAAAGUGUGACUCGGCGGGAACUGAUGAACUGUAAACAGGGGCACCAGUCAGUUAGAGACUACUGGUCACGCUUUGCCAUGUUAGUUCACCGGCUCGGGUGGGAACUGGACUCUGAACCCAUUCAAAUGUUGUUCGAGGAGGGGUUGUCCCCAACGGUGAAGGACGAGCUUUCCCGCGCACCCCGCCCGCAGUCGAUGGAUCAGCUGACCAAGGCUGUGCUUGCGAUUGGUGUAAGGCAGGAAGCGCGGGCUCAGGAGAAGCGGGAAGGGAGAGAGCAACGUUACCAUGACUACCGCAUUCCUGAAAUACCAAGGCAGCCUUCCCCGCCGGCGGAGCCAAUGGAAAUAGAUGGGGCGCGUGCGCGCGAGGUUUCAAAUUCCAGCGACGGUCGCAAGAAGGAGGGAAAGGAUUGGAAAACUAAUAAGAAGUGUUUCCUCUGCCAGCGGCCAGGACAUUUUGCCAGGGUCUGCCCUCAAAGAAAGGCCUGGCAAGGAAUGGUGGGAGCUGCAGGGGGUGAGGAGGAGGUGGAAAAAGCAAAGGAGCCAGGAAAUGACAACGCUUGGCUGCCACUCAGCGGGCACAGCAGCCAGGCCAGCAACCAAUAGGAGUGCCCCAACCAGACCCCCCCAGGGUGGCUAUAGCCAUAGAAGUGGUGCUAGAACUCCCGAAUGGGCACCCAGUCAAGGUGAAAGGGCUGUUGGAUUCAGGCAGUUCCUGCAAUUUCUUCAGCAAGGACUUUGCACUAGAGCACCAGCUCCACCUGCUGCCCUUAGAUUUCCCCUUGCAAGUAACCACCAUUGAUGGCAGAGAGCUGCUGGGAGGGGAAGUGACACACCAGACCCCACCAAUGAGAAUGAGGGUUUCCAGGCACUCGGAGACCAUCGCCUUUCACGUAGCCUCACUGGCAGGGCCCCCAAUAAUAUUAGGGAUGAGCUGGCUAGCACAACAUGAUCCAGUGGUGGCGUGGCAUCAGAGGACGGUCACCUUUGGGUCCGCUUACUGUUUGGAACACUGUCUAAGGGGGAAACCCCAAGAAUGACCGUGGCCAGGGUGGCUGGGAUAGCUGUGGAGCGGAAAGGGGAGGUGCCACCACAAUAUGCUGACCUGCAGGAGGUGUUCAGCGAGAAGGAGGCGGAUAGGUCCUUUGACUGCCAAAUCAACUUGCUCCCGGGGGCGCAGCUGCCGGUGGGUAAACUGUAUGCCAUGUCGGACAGGGAGAUGAAGGAGUUGCGGGAAUUUAUUGACAAGAACCUGAAAAGAGGCUUCAUAAGAGAAUCAAAAGCGGUGGGGGGCAGUCCGGUGUUCUUUGUGGACAAAAGGACACAAAUAAACCCAGGCUCGUUGUGGACUAUAGGGCCGUCAAUUUGGUGUCGGAACCCGUGACCUUCCCGAUGCCCAGGAUUGACGACAUUUUAACACGGGUGAGGCAAGGGAAAAUUUUUACCAAGCUGGACCUCAGGGGAGCAUACAAUUUGAUUAGGAUGAGGGAAGGGGACGAAUGGAAGACCACAAUGUUCACACCCCUAGGGGCCUUUGAGUACCUAGUUAUGCCUUUUGGAUUACAGUCGGGCUCCGCCUGUUUUCAAGCAUUCAUGCACCACGUGCUGGGGUCCCUGCUGUACAAGAACUGCGUAGCCUUCUUGGACGACGUCUUAAUCUAUUCGGACAAUGAGGAGCAACAUGUCAGGGACGUCAGGGAAGUGCUAAAACGACUGCAGAAGCACCAGUUGUGGGUCAAACUGGAAAAAUGUCAGUUUCACGCCAGAGAAGUCGAGUUUCUGGGGUACAGGUUGUCAGACAAGGGCCUAGCGAUGGACCCAAGCAAGGUGCAGGCAGUGCUGGAGUGGAAGGCGCCCAAAACCCGGAAGGACGUGCAGAGGUUCCUAGGGUUCAGCAACUUCUACAGGAAGUUCAUCAAGAACUUCGCCCACUUGACAGCGCCCAUCACAGAUUGUCUCAGUAGCAAAAGGAAGUUCAUCUGGACAGAGGGAGCCCAGCAGUCCUUUGAAAGACUGAAGAAGGCGUUCGCAUCGGAAGAGCAGCUCCUGCACGUGGAUCUGGAGAAACCCAUGAGGCUAGAGACCGACGCGUCCGACAGAGCCAUUGGGGCGGUUCUUUUGCAGCCAGGGAGGAGCAAGCAGGAAUGGAAGCCGUGUGCCUUUUUCUCGCGAAAGCUGAGCAAAUCGGAGCAAAACUAUACUGUGUAUGACCGUGCACUGCUUGCGAUCUAUGCAGCGUUUCGUCGAUGGCGCCAUCUACUAAUAGGGGCGCAGCACAAGAUCCAGGUUUGUACAGAUCACAAGAACUUGGAAUACUGGAGGACCGCACGAGUACUCAACCAGAGGCAGAUUCGAUGGGCACAGGAGUUCUCCAAGUUUUCCUUCGAAAUCCGAUACGUACCUGGGGAGGAAAACGUGAGAGCAGAUGCGCUCUCCAGGAAGCCAGAGUACUGGGAAGGAGAGGGGCCGCCGGAGAUACGACACGUGAUCCCCGAGGACCGGUGGGUGUGGGGGGAAUCUUGGUGGGGAAACGAGAACUGGCCGGACUCACUAGAAACGACGUGUUCACACAAACUAAAAUCCGGGAAAUCCGAGAUGGAAGAGAAACCCAGGGAGGGUUUGAGGAGAAGGAAGGGGUGCUGUACGCUGUAUGUACCGGGGGAGACCCUACGGGGGAAGGUACUCAAACAACUCCACGACAAUCCCACAGCUGGACACUUUGGACAGCACAAAACCAUGAUGCUUGUCUCCAGGCAGUUCUGGUGGCCCAGGGUGACGAAGGAUGUGCGGGAAUAUGUACGGGGUUGCGACCGCUGCCAAAAGGCAAAGGGGGAGCGGGCUGCCCCCACAGGAUUGCUGGAACCCUUACCCACGCCGGGAAAACCCUGGGAGGUGGUGUCCAUUGAUUUUAUGACCGAUUUGCCCAAGUCCCGGGGAAAGACAGCAGUCAUGGUAGUGGUCGAUAUACUGACAAAAAUGUGCCAUUUUAUAGCCUGCUCACAUGCGGUUACGGCAGAGGAAACAGCCAGGUUGUUUGUAGAUCACAUCUUCAGGUUGUAUGGGGCUCCCUCGAGGGUUAUCUCCGAUCGCGGGAAACAAUUUACUUCCCGGUUCUGGAGGAAGCUCAUGAGCUUGCUACAGGUCGAAGUGGGCUUCUCGACGGCGAGACACCCGAAACCCAAUGGGCAAGCAGAAAGAGCGAACAGUAUACUCCAGCAAUACCUACGCUGUUACGUCAGCGAGAGGCAGAACGAUUGGGUGGAGAAACUAGCGCUGGCUGAAUUUGUGUACAAUAACGCUGAACAUGUGUCCACGGGAAUGAGCCCGUUCCUGGCCAAUUAUGGGUGUCACCCCAGGGCCUUCCCGGGGAGUGGGGAGGAAGGGUGGAGCGUGCCUGCGGCAGAGCAGUUUGUGGAAGAAAUGGAGGCCCUGCACCAGCAACUUAAGAUGAACUUGGAGCGGGCCAAGGAAAUUUAGAAGAGGCAGGCAGAUAAGCACCGUAGGGAAGGGGAAACCAUACGGGUGGGGGACAGAGUGUGGUUGUCAACCCAAGGGUUACCCUUUAAGGGGGGGUGCAAGAAGUUGCAGCCCAGGCGGCUGGGACCGUUUGAAGUAACACAGCAGGUGAACCCCGUGGCAUUCAAGCUCAAGUUGCCUGACAGCAUGAAAAUACACCCAGUGUUCCAUAGGUCCCUACUCUCACCGUACAGGGAGGGGCGGGAAUUCCCGGGGCGAGAGGGAGAAGUCACCACACACCCGCAGGUAGAAGAGAGGGAGCACCACCACUUGGCCACGGAAAUACUUGAUUCAAGGUGGCGAGGACGCCAGGUGGAGUACUUGGUAGUUUGGGAGGGAGAACCUGGGUCGGAAAACACGUGGGUUCCCGCGGAGGCAAUUGAUGACGGGUAUCUGAUGGAGGAAUUCCACCGCCUGUUCCCGGGCAAACCCAAACCACUGGCGAGAUUCUGGGAGGAGCAAUUUGGAACCACAGACGAUGAAGAGGAUUUUGUGGGUUUUUCUACCUCUGAGGAGGAGGGAGGAGAGGUUUCGGAAUAAGAAGAAUCAGACUGGGAGGCCCACCCCGCGGGAAGGGAUCAGAACGGGUGGGAAGCGGGCUUCGAAUCCUCUGAGGAUGACGACAGCUCCUUCCGGGGGUUCCCCGCAUCGUCGGCCGAAGAAAGGGACGAAGUUGGAUCAACAGGUUGGGCCGGGGGUUGAGGGGGUCCUGGGGGGGAGGUGGAUGUCAGGGAACUGACAUCAGAGCUAGAGGUGGAGGGAAGGCUCUCUAAUGAUGCUGGAGAAGGGCCCAGCAGGGAGAGAGGCAUCUCAGCAGAUGGGGAAGCAAUUCAGCGCAACACCAGGAAUAAGGAGGGGCAGAUGGGGGAAUCGGCGAGAGGGCUCCCAGACUCUUCACCGGACACCAGCGGGGAGAGCACUGGUCCUCCGCUACCCACGCCCUCCCUGCACAGAAGACUUCCGCGCAGAGAAAGUAGGAGGAGACUGGGUGUCAAACAACUUUUAUGUUGGAAAAGGUUUAAGAAACGCCCACUGACCGGAUUCUGCUAGCGACUGAGGCAGCCACGAAUUGAAGGGCUGUCCAGACAGAAAGGUUUAACAAGGCAACAUAGCCAGGAGAGGCGGCAACUUACGCACGAGCAACCCCAUACCAUUAUAUGAUCCUUCCACUUCUACCCCACUAACCAGGUCAUCAACAUUGGUUAGGACCAGAUCUAAAAUGGCUGUUCCUCUUGUUGCUUCUCCCACUUUCUGGACAAUGAAGUUGUCUGCAAGGCCAGUGAGGAAUCUGUUUGACCUUAUGCUCUUGGCUGAGUUUGACAUCCAACAAAUAUCCGGGUAAUUGAAGUCCCCCAUUACUACGAUCUCCCUUCCUUUUGCAUGCUUGGCCAUCUGUUCCAGGAAGGCAUCAUCUAUGUCCUCCCUUUGGCUUGGGGAUCUAUAGUAAACUCCCACAAUGAGGUCACUGUUAUUCUUCUCUCCCUUAAUUUUGACCCAAAUGCUCUCACUUUGGCUUUGAGGUUCUAAAUCUUGGAUCUCUUCACAGGUAUACACAUCCCUGACAUAUAACGCCACUCCUCCUCCUUUCUUGUCUGGUCUGUUUCUCUGAAAUAGAUUGUAUCCCUCCAUUAUUACAUUCCAAUCGUGGGACUUAUCCCACCAGGUUUCAGUGAUGCCUAUUAUGUCAUAUUUAGUUUGCUGUACCAAGAGCUCAAGCUCAUCUUGUUUAUUUCCCAUGCUUUGCGCAUUAGUGUACAGACAUUGAAGUCCAUUAAUCAUUCCCCCGUAUCUCUUAUUUAAGGAUUUUUUCCUCCCACCACUAGGUCUGCGUGCUGUUUGCUCCAUUUGGUCUAUGACAUUUGGAUGAUCAUCUUCAUCAAUUGAUAGACUCCUACCUUCAGGAGCACUGUCUCCCUCCCCCACAUUAGUCAGUUUAAAGCCCUCCUGAUGAGGUUUCUGAGAUUUUUGGCAAAAACAUUUCUCCCAACCGUUGUGAGGUGCAGCCCAUCGCUUGCCAGAAGUCCAUCUUCAAGAAACUGCAGUCCGUGAUCUAAGAAUCCAAACCGUUCCUGUUUACACCAUUUGCGAAGCCAGCUGUUCACUUCCACUAUUUUUCCCUCUCUCCCUGGGCCACGUCGUUCAACUGGGAGGACAGAUGAGAUGACAAUUUGUGCAUUUAAUUGCUUCAAUUUCCUGCCCAGAGCCUCGUAGUCUCUUUUGAUCUUCUGGAGGCUAUUGCUUGCAGUGUCAUUGGUUCCCACAUGAACCAAGAGGAAGGGGUAUUUGUCAGUGGGCUUUAUGAUUCCUUGCAGUCGUUCAGUUACAUCUUACAUCUUAGCCCCGGGGAGACAGCACAUUUCCCGAGACAUCUUGUCAGGCCCACAGAUCACUGCUUCUGUUCCCCUCAGUAGGGAAUCCCCUAUCACCACUACACGCCUCCUCUUAGGUUUGGUCGGGGUUCUUCCAUGAGCUGUCUGUUCCAAGGUCGCCUGCACAUUCCCUGAGGACUGACUUUGCUGCUCGUCUUCAUAUACCUGAUCGACUGUAAUGAGGGAGAGAUCCUCAAAUGGAGUCUGCUCUUCGUCUUCCAUGCUAGGGGAGAGGACCUCAAAGCGAUUGUGUAUUUCUAAACAAUCAGAGCGAACCUUGGGCCUCCUACUUCUUUGAGUCACGUUUCUCCAUAUAUCUGGCUCCUGUGUUGGUGAACUAGCCUCCUUCUCAGGGGAGUCCCCUGUCUCCUCCUUGGUGGAGACGGUGUGCUCUGUUGCUUCCAAGAAGAGCUCCAGCUCUCUAAUUCUUUGGAGCGUAGCUACACGUUCCUCCAGUUGCUGGACUUUGUCUUUUAAGAGGGCAAUCAACAUACAAUUGCUGCAGGUAAAGCUGCCUGCAACCUUUGGCAAGAUGGCAAACAUUGCGCAGGAACCGCAGGCGACUGCAGCUGUUCCCUCCCCCUCCAUCUUGAGAACGUGUCGUUGGGGGUGGCUACAGCGGUCCUCCAUCAUAAAAAGCGUGAAGACAGGACAAAUAACUCCCCCCACAAAAAAACCUAGGUCUCCCCCAACAAACGUUUGAGACUAGCUCCCCUAAAUCUAAAAGAUGGAUCAAACUGCCCUACAAGCUCUGAUAAGCUCCUCCCACAGCUAAUCACCUGCCUCAACAGAAACCCUGCCCCCUCUGACCUUUGCACAGGGAGAGCAGCUAAUCAGCCACAAAGAAACACACACACACACACACACACACACACACACACGAAAACCCUUUUUGCUCCUCCUUCAACUGCUGCCCUGCAAGCUGCCCUGCAAAAUGAUGACUAGACAGUCCAUUGUGCCUGUAACCUAGGUUUAAGGGGUCAUUUGGUGAAUAGCUUACAUAUCUGAGUUUCUAACUGAUUUUAACACUGCAUUUGUAAAAAUGUGUUUAGCUCCUGUUACUUUUUUUUUGAGAAACAUCUUAAUCCCCCACCCCCAUGUGUUCUGGUAUUAGGAGAUGGUCAGGGUUUGUCAUCUAUUAGCUUGAUAUUGGGAUGGAGCAGUUAUGUGAUGUGUCAUGUAGGCCUGGGUGAUGUACUGAUACAUCGCCCGACUGGUAUGAAGGCCAGAGCGCGCUGGCAGCUUCACCUGGCGUUAAUCAACCAAGUGGCAGAGGGACUGAGGAGCGGUGGCUGCUUCACCGGGUGAAGCUGCCAGCAUGCUCUGGCCCUCAUACCACAGAGGAACCGCACAGGCAGGCAGUUUCUUUAAACUGCUCUGCUGAGGGCGUGUAGCUGCUGCACCCCAGCAAUUUAACGAAGCCCCUACUCUGACUUGUGCGAGUUGGAGGCUGGGGAUUUGAUCAGCUGAGAAACGGGCUUUGUUAAAUCCCAGCUUCUCAGCUGAUCAAUCUCUCCCCUUCGGGGUGGGCUACCUCUUUUUCCUGGGUGGGGGCUGCUGAGGCGUUUGCGCAAAUGGAGUGUUUGUGGGCCUGCCUCCAUUGCCUUGAUAUGGGCAGGCACUGGAGGAGGCGGUGGCUGUGGAAGAGGCAGAAGCUGCUCAUGGAACACUAAUUGUCUCCGUGGCUGGCAACUGCCUUCUUCCUUCCCGCCUCCUUUCCGACAUCGUAAUAUACCACCAUAUUGCAAUAUUUAGCUGGUGGUGUAUUAUGAUAUUGGAAAGCAGAUAUCACCCAGCCUUAGUGUCAUGCCUGUUUUGGUCAGCAGAGACUUCCAGAAUGGCGGAAAGCUAGGAUUUUACAUAAAGUUCAUAUGGUGUGUGUGGUGGGGUGUUUCCCUACAUGGACAAAAAACUGUGACAGGGUUAUUAAACAAACAGGAAUGUGGUCACUUGCCCUUCUGUGCACCAGUCCGGAAUCAGCCUUGAUAGAAACAUAUCUGAUACAGGGCUCAGGGCCAUACUACUCCCAUAGCCCCUCCUUUGGACCUUCCCUGCUGCGACACAUCCUCUGGGUGGAACCCUGCAGCCCCCACAGCUGCUGUGACUCGUACACCUGCCAUGUGGAGGAGACCUUCAGCUGUCCAAGACUGAGCUGUGUGCUGGACCGUGGUCCUGUGUGCUCCUGAGGCAUCUCUGGGACAUGGGCCUGGGAAGUUCUCUCAGUCUAAUGCUCAACUGUUAACAGAAUCCAGUAAUGGGCCCCCUCUAAAUAAAUUGGCCAACAAAAUGGGUGUGAGCAGUGGGAGGGUGUGUAUGGUGCAAGGACCCCGAAGGGUGCAACUUGUUGUGUUGUCCUUUUGUAAAUAAUUUUUAUUAAUUUUUCAUUAAUAACACUCAGAAUAUCAAAUCUUGCCACAUCAUAAUCCAAAUAAAGCCAAUUAUACAUUCCAAAUUUUAUAUUUUAAAAAGACUUCCCAUGUUCUGGCUGGUGAGGAGAAAAUGUUUUAUUUCUUGUUCCUGCUUUUUCUCUCUUGUUUAUUCCCAAUAUCAUAGCUCUGAUCAUAAUCCUUUAUCUUAACAGCCACUGGUGUGAGACUUUCAAUCGUAUUUAGCAAAUCUAUGUGAAAGAGGAAUUUUGUUCUACCUGUUGUUGUCCGUCAAUUAUUUUUGGCACAGUCCCCCUCAGAGGCCCCUUUUUCAUUCCACAGCAUAAAACACAGCAAUCCUUCAAGUCUUGUAACGAACUGAAGUUUUCCCAAUCUGAAUAGGGGUCUUCCGUAUGAGGCAGUACCAUAAGGUAUAUUUCACAGUUAGUAAUUGUUUGGUUCCUCUACAAUCCAAGCUUUGCUCCACUUGGGCCUUGGGGAAAGCUUACAGAGAUCAAAGAUUCACCUUCACUUUUAUAUUAAUCCAUAUACGACGAGAGUCCAUGCAAGCAGAUGUAGUUUCCUGUGUGAAAUAUUCCCUGGUUGUAAUCCAUUGGUUGUCUUCAGCCCCCAUAGAGGGGCUCCUUUUUUCUAAUGUGCCAUCAUUUACGCCAUUUUACCAUCCCAAGCCAAAAGCAUAUCUAAUCAUGUCUUUGGACAAAGUCCCUUCAUAUCUUCUAACAAGCUGAUACCUUGUCAGUUCUAAAUAGAGCCCUCCACAAAGGACUGUGCCAUAAAGCACCAAAUUCUCAAAGUUUUUGUAAAAUUCCUCUUGCAUUCUGUUUAAUUAAUUAAAUCUUUCUUAGUGAGGUUUGCCAGAUCAUGAAAUAGCAAGUAUAAAAGAGAAACGGACGCUCACCUCACAUAUACCAUAGCAAGACGACGAAAGUCCUUUCCAGAUCAAAACCUUGGCACUCAGUGACUGAUUUGUUUAACAGGCCGUUUUUUGUCUCCUUUCCAGAACAUGCCUGUUUUCAAGUCAGAAUUCAAAUAUUUGAUGAAAAACAGGAAUACUCCCGCUCAUGGCGAUGGCAUUGGAGAGUUUCCAAUUCGUGCAAUGCUAAGCACCCAGUGUCCCUGCCCCUCAUUCCAUUGUAGCGAGCGGCAGUUAUUGGACAACCCCUGGGUGACAGCAAGUCCCGUCCCCCCCAGCCCUGGGGGUGUUGGCAGGGAUAAUUACCCCCAAACUACCUGAUUAAUUGCACAACUGGGGUUCGGUGCCAUGGGAAAGCUGCUAAAUGCCAUGGUGGUCACACCGGAAGUCAACUUGUUGUGUUGGCCUAGUUGGCAAGAGCUGGACUGUCCACUCCCGUGGGUUUUCCUCACAGGAAUGAGUGGCAUCUGCAUAAUGAUGUGAUGGGAAGCAAGCCCACAGAGGUGGGUGCUAAAUCUGUACUGUGCCUCCUGGAUUCUGUCUCUUGGUUGUGCUGCAUAGCGUGUCUCUUGGUCAUGCUCUAGUUUGAUAAAAUGUUGACAACUUUUUUUUGGGGGGGGGGGAAUUAGUGCUAGAAAAGCUGUUUCUUGCUAUCCAGUUACAUAAGCAGUACUAGUUUUGCUAAUACUGUUCCAAAAUUAUUUUAUUUUUAAUUUUAUUUUUUUCUCUCUACAGCAAAUGGCUGCUAAAAUUGGAGAGAUUCCUCACUUAAAUAAUUCCGCACCACUUGUGGACCCUUCAGUGUACGGUUAUGGAGUAAAACGGCCACUGGAUGAGAGAAGUAAGUCCCCUCAGUUUUCUUCUGUUUCCCCACCCCUUUUGUUCCUUAUUUGUCAGGUGGGCAGCAUGAUGUCUGCCAUCUUACCAGACCACUGACUGCAAAGAAAUAGUGUAGUAUUGGAAUGCCAAAUGUGGUUAUGAAACUAAUCUCUUAUCUAGUGACUGUGUCGGGGCACUCCCUUGUACUUUUCCUCAGUUUAACUCUACAAUUCUAUGAUUCAAAAAUCAAAACCAUGGUGGUUGAAUAGCACUGAUAAAAACUUUGUGCCCCACUGUUUUUGGGGGGCAGGGGGUGGGCAGGUGGAGGGGAAUACCUGGUCCUGAAUGGGGUAACUGUGCCCCUGAAGGACCAGGUGUGCAGCCUGGGAGUCAUUUUGGGCUCACAGCUGUCCAUGGAGGCACAGGUCAAUUCUGUGUCCAGGGCAGCUGUCUACCAGCUCCUUCUGGUAUGCUGGCUGAGACCCUAUCUGCCCGCAGACUGUCUCGCCAGAGUGGUGCAUGCUCUGGUUAUCUCUCGUUUGGACUAUUGCAAUGCUCUCUAUGUGGGGCUACCUUUGAAGGUGACCUGGAAACUGCAGUUAAUCUAGAAUGCGGCAGCUAGACUGGUGACUGGGAGUGCCUGCCGAGACCAUAUAACACUGGUCCUGAAAAGACCUACUUUGGCUCCCAGUAUGUUUCCAAGCACAAUUCAAAGUGUUGGUGCUGACCUUUAAAGCCCUAAAUGGCCUCAGCCCAGUAUACCUGAAGGAGCGUCUCCACCCCCAUCAUUCAGCCCGGACACUGAGGUCCUCCUCUGAGAGUCUUCUGCUGGUUCCAUCACUGUGAGAAGCAAAGUUACAGGGAACCAGGCAAAAGGCCUUCUCGGUAGUGGCACCCUCCCUUUGGAACACCAUCCCUUCAGAUGUCAAGGAGGUAAAGAACUACAUAGCUUUUAGAAGACAACUGAAGGUAGCCCUGUAUUGGGAAGUUUUUAAUGUUUGAUAUUUUACUAUGUUUUAUAUAUGCUGUAAUCUGCUCAGAGUGGCUGGGGAAACCCAGCCAGAUGGGCGGGGUAUAAAUAAAAUAAUAAUAAUAAUUUUGAAUGUCUGUCAGAAAACAAGUAGGUUUUUGUGACACUGAUAAGGCCAGAUUAAAUGGUCCCUUUAUUAGAGGAAAGUGAGGGUCAGUUGAAGCCUAUCUGUGUCUGGGAAACGAGGAGAGGGGAGGGAGAGGUCUGCAGGGGCCUGUUGGGCCAAACUUAAUGGCUGCAGAGUUAGGUGUGUCUUAUUGGCCUAUUGGUUUCCAUUGGCUGAAGUGCCCCUAACUCAGUGUGGCAGUGGCUGCUUUGUGGGACCAUGGCUGCUGAACCCAUUGAACUGGCUCAUGUUAAGCCAAGGGAGAGAACAUAGGAGCCCUGGCCCAUCUAGUGCAGCCUCCUGUUCUCACAGUGACAAAGUAGAUGCCUCUGGGAAGCCCACAAGCAGAAUCUGUGUGCAACAGCAACUAGUAUUAGGAAGCCCACCUAGAACUAAAUGUGUUUUUUUAAAGAUUGUCUAGAGUUUUACACUUUUUUUUUUCAAGUGGAGAAUCCCACUGGCUGGGUUGUGAAGAGCUGGGUGCACUGAGAUUCUUUUGCAUCCUGUGUUUCCCAGAAAGCCCCUCCUGGAGAUGAGGGGGCUGCCUGGAGUGGUAUCCACUGCAGCCACUUGAGGGGCUGCAUCCAUAAACAAGUUGGCAAAUAGGGCUGGGCAAUAUCUGAUUUUCAAAAUCACAAUAUACCACCAGCUAAAUAUCACAAUAUAUAUCUACAGCGGUGGGGGGCCUUCCUGGGCCUCUCCACGGCGGCAGAGGUCCCACCAUACCACCCCGUGGCGGUGGAGAGUGCACUUUGGCUCCCCGCAGCAGCAGAGGGCCUUGCCAUCUCCCUGCGGUGGCAGAACAUUCACAAGGCUUCCCCACAGCCACACAACCUUGUUAUUACCAACACACUCUUUUGACAGAAAAAUAAAUUUAAAACUUCAUGGAGGUACCCUCGGUCGAACCAUUGGCACCUCUUAAGAUCGCCGUGAUGUGCUCCUUACCAGAACUAUGACAAGUGCCGACGACUGCUGGACAGAUCACCGACUAAUACACUCCAUGAUGGCUAUCAAGAUUAUACCUCAACGCGGGCUUCAAGGAAGGAAACCAAGGCGCAAAAUGAACACUCAAGCCCUUCAAGAUCCCAUUAAGCGGGAUUGCUUCCAAACGACUCUUAAGGACCAUCUGCAUUCGGAAUGCCCUGAUAACAUCAAGGAACACUGGAUCAAGCUAAAAACAUCCAUUAUAGCAGCCUGUGAACAAACUAUUGGAUACCAAACCAAGAAACACCAGGACUGGUUUGAUGAGACUACAGUGAGAUUUGAAGGCAUUAUUGACAAGAAAAGGAAGGCCUUUCAGAUCUGGCAAAGAGAUAGAAACUGUGCCACUAAGAAAAAAAACCUGUGCCGACUUCCGGUUGGCUGUGGGGGCCAUUUUGGGCACAGAUUUAGCCUCUAG